GGGCAGGGGGCGGUAGGCGGGGGCAGGAGCGGUAGCUCCGGGUGCGAGCGCAAAGCCCCCAAGCCGUAGGCUCUACUGAGCAUGCCCAGUGUGGCUGCCUAGAGCUCGCUCGGGCCGGUUCCGAGCCGCCAGCCUGCAACUGCACUUGCCGCGGCUGCUUUUGCAGCAGCGCGAGGCGAGGAUAACGAGCUAAGCCUCGGCCUCUGCCCAGAAACCCAGCCGGAGGCAGGAUAGGCUGUUGCGGGGCGGGGGUGGAGGACUGAUGAUGAAAGCUGAGAUGGGUGCGUUGAGCAGUGUCACUGACUCGAGUCUCAGGUUACCUGUGCACAGGUGGAAAGGACCAGGUGACCACGCUGGUCAGUAUACAGGGAAAUGCAGGGGCGGUCCUUGCAAGGGGAAUACCCUCCCCCCUGCCUCUGCCCCUGGAUUUCCGCGGCGUGGACUGCAUUCGCUCUUUUGCAUCGCUGUCGAUCACAAUCGUUCGCAGAGAUUUGACUGUAGCAGCCUUUGCCUAGAGAUUCCUCCUUUCCCCAACCCUGUGUCCUCAGGAUGUCAGUCUUAGCACAAAGAGCAACCUGCUAUUGUGUUUCCAGCGUGCAUCACCUCAUCCGGCUCCCUUGUAGCGCCCCACCUCUCGCUUCCCCGGUAACUCGGCUUGUUUGCCCUAAAAAUGAAAGCUCUCAGCCGAGCGUGCUGAACGUGAACACAUCGCCGUUGAAUUUCCAGAGCCCAAAGGGCACCUAUCUAAAUGAACUGAAAGAGGAUCCCCGUGAGUAGGACGCACCCCGCAGCCCUCUCCUGCGCCCGCUCCGGUGCCCCUAGGAGACUAGAGCAUCUCUCCCCCUGGGGCUCCAAGUCGGUUCGCCGCGUCGGACUCAAGCUCGGUUCUUAGAGACCACCUAGCCCCGCCCCCCCUUGGCCUCCGUGAAAACCCGGCGGGAUGGAUCGCCCGGGGCCAGGCUCCACGCGCCCCGGCCAGACCAUGCACGUUCGGGGUUACCAGGUUGAGUGGAAAGUACGGAACGGUAGGAAGCUGCAGCCCAGCGAGUGGGCGGGGCAAGGAGACCUAGGAGGGUUCAAAAGGGGGUGGAAGGAUACACGGGCCACAGUCGGAACUACUUUCCGAAGGAGGUCACGUGUGUUCCUAGUUGGGGAACUUUCCAAAUUCCCACUCCCCGGUGAUAGCUCCGGAGGCAAGUACUCUUCUUCUUUUGCUCGGGGUGUUCUCGCCUGGUGCAGGCUGCAGAACCCCAGCCCUUCCCGCGCCGCGGCGGAAACAGGGACUCGGACCAGCCUCCCGAAGGAGCGCUGUCGGGGCUGGCGCUUGGGGAGCUGGUUACACAAGCACCCACAUCCAAACACGUGCCCCCGCCUCCCCGCCUGCUGGCUGCCGCCGAUUCUUACAGAACGCGGGGAGAGAGUCCCCAAGCUGGUCCCAUUCCUCGCCUGCUACCCUAAGAGCAAGCCAAGGACGGAGACCUGAGACUCCUUGCUCUAGAUCGACCUAUACUGCGCCUUCCCAAACGUGGGAAAAGGAUCUGGGCGCUAGGGGUCUCGGGCCUCUCCCUCGCUGAUGCCCUGCCCCUUAGGGUGAACCCUUUUAGUUCUGUGCUUGCGGGUAUCUCCUGCUGCAGCCCAGAGCUUGCAUUCUCUGAUGUUGCAACAAACGUCCAGUCACUACCCCUGAGCUGGUGAGCGCGCCCCACCUACUGUAGACUCAGCCAAGUGACUUAUCUGGUCUGAGAACCUCGUCAAUGGCCGUCAGCCCAGAACAAACCUGUCAAGUCCGCUUACAACCCCGACUGGGCAGACCUGUCGCCGUGAGAGAGCUAAUUCAGAAAUGCAGAGAGUUGGAUCGCGCUCCUUCUACCCCGCACCGCACCCGUCAAGGAUCUACAAAGCAAAUAGUCGACCCGCUUAAAGAGAAUGAGCAUCAACACCAGUCUGGGAAUUUAUUGUUUUUUCAUUUCCCUUAGGAAGUAGAACUCCAGACCACAAUUUGAGUGAAAAAAUAUCUAACGAGACCUAGGUUGAAGCACUGAGUUGUUUUUCAAACUUUGAGAGAAUGAGAAUCAAUCUGCAUGUGUGUUCAAUAAUUGUAAGUGCCUAGGAAAGUCUAAAGAGGAUUUAUGCCGUAUUUGAGAAAGAGGACUGUAUAUGUGCACAUCAUAGUUGCAGGCAACCUGUGAAGACUGGAAACCCCAAGAGACCUAGCGCAGAAAGCCACAGGCCAUUACCUAACUCCGGGACUACUAAUUAAACCUGGGAUAUUUACAGUGUUCUUAGAGAUCUCUGAGGCGCCGUAAAACUUUUGCACUUAUAUACAGCAUUUAAGAUAGCUCUACAGGAGUUAACAACCUGCUGAAGCUUCAGUGUUGAUAUUUAUUGAAGGCUGGUUUUGUGCAUAGUUCUGGUCAGCUUGGGAAAGGCAAGGACCACAGUGGAAAAGGAAAUGGAAAGCAACCGGAAAAGAAUAAAAGGCAGGCCUCCAGUUGGUUUCCAGAGAUGCAGACACUGUCCACAUAGCCUAGGGUGAACUACAGAUUUCAUUAUUUUAUAAAUAACCAAGGAUAAGGAGCUCCUGAUGCCUAGGUGUUCUACUAGAUUGCAUGGUAAAAACCAGAGCUGUGUUUAAUUAUCAAUUACUGCGUGGUAGAAAAAGGGGGAAUGAAGAUGAACCUUUAAAAGGGGAGUAGAUUAGAGAGGGGUAAAAUGUCUCACAUUUGUUUCUCAGGUUGCUGAUCUUGUCCCCGGAGUCACUGUUAUUAGCACUGCCCUACUCUGCUCCUCCCCUGGAGCCUACCGUAAGUGACAAUUAGUCUCGUAUCUGAGAACCUCUGAACUCCGCUUUCAGGGAAGAAAAUGAAACAAGGGUGCAUUCCUGUCCCUGGUGCGACAGGAUCCUCUUGGAUUCCAUGGCACAGAGUUACUCUGGAGCAGAGAGGAUCUGCAUCACCAGCACUAAAGUGCUGGAAUAUGAGACCAGCCUCCAAGUACUUCCAUCUGGCUGAAGAAGGAAAAUGGGAAAUGGGUUUUGCUGCUUCUCUAAACAUCAGGUCCCUCUACUUCUCUCUAGUGGUGAAUGAAAGGAUCAUCAAUGUUGGCAGAUAUUUGGCCAGCCCGACAGCAACAUCAGGUGGUUAUUAGGAGUUGCUGAAUAAAAUCCUCCUUCUGUU